CUGAAACGGGUUUGAACAGCAAAUACUAGCAUAAAUCUCCAUCAGAGACGUGAUGAACCGCAGGGCGAUGCACCAUAAGUGGGCACAAAUCCGGCAAUGGUUCCCACGCUCUCGACGCGCCACGUCGUCCUCUCUCAAGUCCAGCUUCAAGUCGCCCUCUGUUCUCUUUUCAACCAACGCUCAACCCCGCCAUGUCUGCCCGCAUUUCACUUGCUCGCCCGGCACCAUCCUCUGGAGGAUAUAGUCCUGAGCCUCCCAACUUCACCGGCCAGCGGUCCACGUCUGGCUACAGAGCAGCCAACCCCGAUGACCCGCGCGAAAAGCUGCGUGCGUUCGCGCGUACGGUCGAGGACAAUAUCGAGAUCUACACGCAGCCAUUGAAGCCGCAUUUGCCUGCAAUUGGACGAUUCCUGAUUGUAGUGACAUUCCUGGAGGACUCUUUGCGAAUCAUCACACAAUGGAGCGACCAGGUUUGGUAUCUCGAACGGCAUCGCCACUUCUUUUGGGGCCUUUCACAGUUGUUCCUCGCCAUAAAUGUUAUUACUAUGCUUGUCGGCUCAAGUGCUGUUAUCCUGAAGAGGUACUCAGAAUAUGCUGUCGGCGGGCUCCUGGGUGUGGUCAUCAUGCAGGCAUUCGGAUACGGUCUCAUUUUCGACCUCAACUUCUUUCUGCGCAACUUGAGCGUGAUCGGUGGUCUCCUCAUGGUCUUCACUGACUCGAUGUACACCCGCAAGAAGAUCUUCGCUGGCCUGCCUUCACUCAGUGAGAAUGACCGCAAGAAGUACUUCUUGCUGGCAGGUCGGGUCUUGCUCAUCUUCCUAUUCAUCGGCUUUAUUCUCCGCGGACAAUGGAGCAUUGGGCGCGCUUUUGUGUCAGUCGUUGGGCUUGCUGCGUGCGUCAUGGUAGCAGUAGGCUUUAAGGCAAAGUGGUCUGCCGCCUUCCUCGUCAUCAUGCUCUCGAUCUUCAACGUCUUCAUCAACGCCUGGUGGAGUGUUAGCUCCAGACACCCACAACGAGACUUCCUGAAAUACGAUUUCUUCCAGACGCUCUCGAUUGUCGGGGGACUCAUACUCCUCGUUAACAUGGGCCCUGGUGGCCUCUCUGUCGACGAGAAAAAGAAGACUUAUUAGGUACUUGUCGGUGCCCGUCGACGCUCACGUUCUCCAAUGAGGAGGUUGUAGAGGGAGGAAGGGAGAUACUGUCGGAAUUGCAAAACGAGUGCUAGCCUCGUUGUGUAUUGGUGCCCUGCAGGUUGCCGAACCCAGUCAUGGCGUUUACGUUGCGGCCUUUUCUUCUUACGCGUAUGUGUUAUUUAUUGCGGUGGACAUAGGGACGCCGCUGGGUGAACACAGCCGACGGACUCCAGGAAGAACAGAUAUGACCGAGCCGCCGGUGCGCUGUCCUGAAUCUGUUGCUAUGCGCGAUUACCGUAAUCCCUGUACAAUCGCCGACGAUCGCUGUGGUUGCGAGUGAUGGCGAAAGAAUGUAUGCUGAAGAGCGAACGGCAAAGUAUAAAGUACGCUGCGCAAUACGUUCGGG